AAAGGCGAGUCGGAAUGACAGCAAGUUCAUUGGAAGGGAAAAUACCCUCCCUCUCCGUUUAAUUUACCGCAUGGACAACGACAGCCAAACCACGCACCAUACACUGAAUACCAGGAUAAAAACAAGUUCAGCCUUACAGUCAACACACGUUGCACAAGCAAGCUUUCAAGUCCACGCGUUUGGGUCAACAUUUAUUCUAGAUGUGGAACUAAACCAUGAUUUGCUCUCUUCCAAGUAUGUUGAAAGGCAUAUUGCAGAAGGAGGAAAGUCUGUAAGUUCUAAGGGUGGAGAGCACUGUUACUAUCAAGGCACAAUCCGAGGGCUGCCAGGAUCGGUUGUGGCUCUUUCAACAUGUCAUGGACUCCACGGGAUGUUCUUUGAUGGAAACCACACCUAUAUGAUCGAGCCAGGUGAAAGCAACGACUCAACUGGGGAUUCUAAUUUCCACAUGGUAUACAAAACAGCUGGUUUAGACGUACCGCUGGAUAUUGAAAGUAAUGACACUCAGCCAACAUUUUCUGCUACACCUGUACACUUAAGGAGGAAAAGACAGGUGUCUCGUAUUCCACGCAAUGUUGAGGAUGAGAAGAAAUAUGUUGAGUUAAUGAUUGUAAAUGAUCACCUGAUGUUUAAAAAACAUCGCCUCUCUCUUGGUCAUACUAAUAACUAUGCCAAAUCAGUUGUGAACAUGGCUGAUCUAAUAUUCAAAGAACAGCUGAACACAAGGAUUGUCUUAGUUUCCAUUGUCACCUGGACUAUUGACAAUAAAUUCAACAUUGAUGACAAUCCACUCAUAACCUUGCGGGAAUUCAUGAAAUACAGAAGAGAUUUCAUCAAAGAAAAGUGUGACUCUGUUCAUCUGUUUUCAGGAAGCCGAUUCCAUAGCAGUCUGGGUGGGGCUGCAUACCUGGGCGGCGUUUGCUCUUUAACUAAAGGCGGAGGAGUCAAUGAGUAUGGAAAAGCAGAUGAAAUGGCUAUUACAUUGGCACAGACCUUGGGGCAAAACAUUGGAAUCUUUUCAGACAAGAAAAAAAUGAUCAAUGGAGAAUGCAAGUGUGAAGAUGCAUGGUCUGGCUGCAUAAUGGAAGACAUUGGCUACUACCUUCCUAAAACGUUCUCCCAGUGUAACAUUGAAGAAUACAAUAAUUUCUUAAACAGUGGAGGCGGGGCCUGUCUCUUCAAUAAACCGUCAAAGCUGUUAGACCCUCCUGAAUGUGGUAACGGAUUCAUUGAACCAGGGGAAGAGUGUGACUGUGGUAGUCCUGCGGAUUGCUUGAAGGAAGGAGGAGAUUGCUGCAAAAUGUGCACACUAACACAGGGCUCAACAUGCAGCGAUGGCCUCUGUUGUAAGAACUGCCAGCUGAAACGAAUGGGGGCUGUGUGCCGAGACGCUGUGAACGACUGUGACAUUCCAGAGAACUGCACUGGGAAUUCAAGCCAGUGUCCUGCAAAUGUUCAUAAAAUGGAUGGGUACACCUGUGAGAGAGAUCAGGGUCGUUGUUUUAAAGGGCGUUGUAAAACUAAAGAUCGACAAUGCAAAUAUAUUUGGGGUGAAAAAGCAACAUCUGCAGACAAAUUUUGUUACGAGAAAUUGAAUGUAGAAGGGACAGAAAAAGGAAAUUGUGGCAAAGACAAAGACACUUGGAUUCAGUGCAAUAAACAAGAUGUGCAUUGUGGUUAUCUCCUGUGUUCCAAUAUCUCCCCUACUCCCAGACUGGGGGAGCUUCAGGGCAGCUUGACUUCCUUCUCAGUAGUACAACAAAGCACAGCUUUGGACUGCAGUGGUGGCCAUGUGAUGCUUGAGGGUGAUACUGACCUGGGGUAUGUGGAAGAUGGCACACCUUGUGGAGCUGAUAAGAUGUGUUUUGACCACAGAUGUGUUUCUGUACAAGCGUUUAAUUUCAGCACUUGCCCUGGUACCUCUGAUACGAGAAUCUGUUCAGGGCAUGGGAUUUGCAGUAAUGAGCUGAGGUGUGUUUGUCACAGACACUGGACUGAGGAUGACUGUGGUAUUUACUCCCCCAUUGAUGAAGAAGUUGCACCCAGAGGUGUCGGCAGCACAAAUAUCAUCAUCGGUGCCAUUGCAGGUACCAUCCUGGUGCUGGCUCUCAUUUUAGGAAUUGCAGCAUGGGGUUAUAAAAACUAUCGCACACGAAGACAAAUGCCACCUGGCGACUAUGUUAAAAAGCCUGGGGAAGCCGACUCCUUCUAUAGUGACAUGCCUCCUGGAGUCAGCACAAACUCUGCAUCUAGUUCUAAGAAGAGGUCUGCUUGUCUGUCGCAUUUUCAGAUAUAUACCUGUUCCUUCACUCGUUCCAUCCCCUCCAUUAGUCAGAACAUUUCAUUGUUUGGCCUCAGAUCAAAUGGGUUGUCUCAUUCAUGGAGUGAAAGAAUCCCAGACUCCAAAAACAUCUCUGACAUCUGUGAAAACGGACGCCCUCGAAGUAACUCCUGGCAAGGAAACCUAGGAGGCAACCGAAAGAAAAUCAAAGGAAAAAAAUGCAGGCAACGCUCAAACUCAACUGAGACAUUAUCUCCAGCCAAAUCCCCUACUUCGUCGACUGGCUCCAUUGCAUCAAGUAGGAAGUAUCCAUACCCCAUGCCACCCCUUCCAGACGAGGAGAGGAAAGCUAAAAGGCAAAGUGCCCGGCUAUGGGAGACAUCAAUAUAGAGCUCUUCUUUUCUCCGGAACUACUAGACUCCAUUUUCUUCCACUUUUAUA